GUUUCUCCUUCCCGUCAAAACAGCCCCUUUCUCCUUCCCGUCAAAACAGCUCGACCUUCUCUCUUCCGUCCAAGACACCUCCCUCUCUGGGAAGCUUCUUCCAUCGAUCUCUCUUCCCAUGCCCGGAGCAACAUUUAGCAGUCGAUCUUCCUUCCGCACAGGGUCUGAACGCUUCUCUCUUCGCCGGUCUUCCUCUCUGUUGCACCACGCCGAUAUUUCUCUUCGCACGGCCAUGGCGACUUCUCUCCGCCGGUCCACCUCUCUGAGCUUCGACGUGCCUAUUUGCUGCAUCUCCACUGGUCCGCCUCUGAAGAAGGUCGACGAACCUCUACAUAGGGACUUUCCUCUCCGAUCUUCCUUUAUUGUUCUUCCCCUUUCAGAUCUGGGGGGUUUUCCUUCUUAUAUUUUCCAGAUCUGUGUUGGUAGCUGGGUGACUCAGGUGGGAUAGGGGUAGGGAGUUGUUUUGGGCGAGGUUUGAAAGUAGGAUGUGACUUGAGGGGCUGGAGUGCGUUGUUGCUGGGCAGGGCUGGGGCGGGUGUUGUGGGGCUAGGGCCUGGUGAUUGGGACGGGGCUGGUGGAGGGGACCAGUGGGGAUUGGUCACGCCAGAAUCC